GAUAAAUAAAUAGGGAUUUGUUUGCCGGACCAAAGCGAAGUCAUCGCGAAGCGAGGGUGCGGAGAUAGCAGGGAACAGGGGAACGACGACGAAAGAAUCUAUGGGCAACCUAGGGUUAAUAUGGGAGAUAAUGGGACCGGGAUUCGCCGGGGCUGUGUUCGGCGCUGGGUGGUGGUUUUGGGUCGACGCCGUCGUCUGCAGCGCCGUCAAGGUCUCUUUCCUCCAUUACCUCCCCGGGAUCUUUGCUUCGCUUGCGGCACUCAUGUUCAAUUGCGUCGACAGAAACGAAAUUGGGUACGAUUACUACUCGCCGUACGGAGAGAGCGAAUGGAGGUUGAAGCUCUGGCUUUUUGUGUCAUAUGUUGUAUCUUUUGUUUCUUUAGCGGGAUCAGUGGGCUUACUCAUACAAGACACACUUACUGAUAAAGGUCCCUCCGCGUGGACUGGAGUUGCAGGUGUUUUACAGUGCGUGUUUGUUUUGAUAAGCGGAUUGAUCUAUUGGACUUCUCAUUCAGAAGAGUGAGUGAACUAUGUGGUUAGUGGAAAAUUUCAAAGACCAACAUGUAUCUUGUACCUACUACAUCAUGUUCUGUGCAAUUGUGAACUUGAGUGGUGUACAUGCAUCUUCAUUAUUAGUUACCCGAUAUUAGUGAAACUGUGCAUGGUGGUAUGAUAUAUCGACUGAGUGCUAAUUACUUAAGUGUCAUGUCCUCAUACAAUCGAAUGAAUGUGCAAGGUCUUUAUUUGCUUUGUAUUAA